CCAAUGGACCCAGCUCCUGGAGCUCGAGGCGUGAAACCAUCCAGGGUUCGUCGGCCCAUGCCUCCCACAUUUCCUAACGUCAUUAAGGAAGGGCUACGCUUCAAGUGGGGAUCUACGGUCGGCUUCGCUGCGUUUCCGGGUUAUGUUCGCGCCAUGGGUUCUGUACUAACCCACCUGGGAAUAUCGCUGCUUCACGAAGAUAACAGCUACCUCCUUGCUAAAUUCGGACUUGAGGGAUGCACGCAUCUGUGGAGCAGCACGGAUCGCUCCUGGGUCCUACAAAUGCUUGCACAAAUCUGCUCUCCACAUUUGACAGCUGUCGUGCUCAAUCUCUAUCUGGGCAAGCUGGCUGACCUCUUGGCGCUCAACUUCAAUCUCAUCGACACCGUCCCUUCCGAAACACGCUUCGCGCGAACAAUGCUCACGCUUUCCUUUACUCCUUUGCCGUAUCCUCUGCCUCAUGGCGAGAGGGGUCCAGACGAUCGAAUUUUGGAGUACUUCACGUACGCCAUCUCGAAGAUGCAAAACCUUUAUGACCAAAGGCUGAUCGCUCUCCUUCCUCAUGGAUUGUCACCCAGCGCGGCUGUAUUGCCCUACGAUAUGUAGAAGUGCUCCCCGGAUUGGUCUUGUUAUUUGUUACUUUGCAGGCUCGAUAGCUCUCUCGGUACGAUACGUGUCUUGAAGUGAUCUUCAAAUGCUGUUCUUAGUUUGUAUAUUGUGCUUACAGUUUAAGGAAGCUUCAGACGGCAUCAGUUUCAAAAGCAGCUUUGCC